AAGUUUUCCUGGUAAUUAACACUGGCACUUUUGCCUUGAUUUCUGAAGCUUUCUUUUACACUGCAGUGCCUGUUACAUUACAGAGCUGUGGCCAUUUAGAAUUUUAAAUUGUGGAAAAGAACUGUGCGCCCCAAUGGUUGUCGCCAUGAAAUUACAGUGCAACACUCGAACACAAAACUUUCUGAGCUAAUAGGAUUGCAAACACAUUUGCUUUCUGGAAACAGCACUCAAAUUCAUGCUAAAUUUCCACUAAGUCCCACCAGGUUUCGAGAAGUGUCUUUUAUGUCCUGUGAGAGAUCCCACAACACAGAGAAAUGAUCAGGUAAGGAAGCGUGAGGAUAACAGGAUAAGGUGCUGUCUGAAUGCAGCCCAGAGCAGGCGCACAAUCUGACUCUCAGCCUUUGAGGAUUUAAAUGUGGCUGGGAUGUGGAGAGUGGGCCUGCAGCAUUUUAAUUAUCUGCCUCCCAAAACCCCUCAGUUGUUGCUGAGCUUUCCAUCCUGGCGAAAAAAAGAAAAAUGGCUCCAUCUAAAGGCCAAAGGUUGUUUUUCAGUCACCAGGACAACUGGGGCAACACACUGUCGCCCUAGUGACAGCUUGGGGAGAGACUUUGCUUUCACACACAGACAAAACAAUCCCUUACAGAAAAGGAACUAAGGUCUCCACCCAAAAGGGCUUGAAUCCUAAUGCUAUAUUUCUAUGUGUGGUUAAUGUAAACCUGCGAGGCAAAAUCAAGUGCAGGGUUGGAAAGUUCCUUUCCACUGAGUUCCAGAUCCACUGCCUUGUUCUGAGGAAAAGCUGUGCUCAGAUGAAAUGAGCAGCGACCUUGAAGAAAAUGAAAUGUGGUCCAAGCUGCUGGCUACACCAGCAACCAAGUUAAUGCAAGCGCAAGAAAGGGCAGAAAGGUUUGCCGAAGAAAAAGAGGUACAUAAAGCCUGCAGGGAACUGGUUCAAUGUACAGCUCUGGCGAGAAUUGUCUAUGGAAAUGGGCACUGGAAGUUGGCAGAGGCACUUGCUAAUCUUGCUCAUGGUUACCUUACCCUUCAAGGUCUUCCCAUUCAGGCUAUGCUCCAUGCAAAUUCAGCCAAAUGCACCAUAUUUUCAAGUGGAGGUGCCCCUCCAGCAUCUUCAGAAGAAAAAGGAGAGUUUCUGAGGACCCUUGUGACAAUCUACUAUACUUUGGGUGCAUCAUAUUUGAUGCAGAAAAAUGGCAAAGAAUCCUACUGCAAUCUGCAGAAAGCUGAAAGGAUUAUGGAAGAACUGAGAGGGAUGGAAUGGAGAGGGACCCAGACUCCUGAACUUAAAGUAUCUGAGAUAGACCUUCUUGCAGCACUGGGCAGGGCAAGUUUGCAGCAAAACAAGUUAGAGUUGGCAACCGGGCAUUUUGGGAAGGCAAUUGAUGCUGUAAUUUCAGCUGAAGGAGAGACGUCUCCAGAACUGAUAAACCUCUAUCAGAAGAUAGCCCAAACUGAGCAAGCAAAGGGAAACCAUGAAAAAUCCAUGGAAUAUUUGUUACAGGCCCACUCCAUGUCACUAGCUCUGUACAAGAAAUCCAGUGCUGAAGUUGCCUCAACAGCAUGGUUACUGGCGAAGGCUUAUGUUGCAACUGGAGAAGAAAAGCAUGCAGAGGCUGCUGAAAUGUACUUCCGUGAGAGUCUUGAGGCCUACAAGUCAGCACUGGGGACAAACCAUUCUCGGACAAUCAGUGCCCUUGAAGACUUCAGUAAAUGGCUUGGGCAAGUAGGGAAAAGAAAGCAAGCCUACGACUUACUCAAAGAGUCAUUUAUAUCUCAGCCUGAUCCCUGCAGUGAUUUUAAUGAACAAGCAAUUGAAAGAUUGUAUAUUAUGGGCUGCAUCUGCCUAGCAGAGAUGAAGAUAAGGGAGGCUUUUCAGCUGCUCAGUAAGUGUGAGCAGAUCCAGGUUGCUAUCUAUGGUUCCCGUCACAGGAAAUCGAAAAAGAUACGAGAGCUCCUGGACAUGCUGAAGAUGUAAGUUUCAUCAGGAGUUAGGAUGUACUAUGGAGGGAGCAGGAAAAAUCACAAACAAUAGAAUGUCUAGGCUUCAAAUCU